AUGGACAAGUUGCACCAUCGUUCGAUGGAGCCUCUCCCCCGGAACUCGGUGUUGAAGUUGCACUUUCCACGUCCGUUUUACCCUAUUUUUUCUUUGAUCUGUUCGUUUUCAACUCACACGCUGAAGUUCUUGAGGAAUUGCACCAUUGGAUUAGAAGCUUGUGGGUCUGGAGCUUAUCAAGUGUUAAUCGGAGCCCGGUUCUACUCAGCGGCGUGUCACGAUGUCGUCGACGGAAGGCGGCGCCGGUACAACAAGGUGGACCAGGUCGAAGGGUCUAGUGGAUUGUGA